AUGCCGGGACCCUACUGGAACCCCCUCGAGCAGCUGGAGCUCGCCGACUCCCCCACGCCGGCAACGCUGCAGUGCGCCCGCAUCAUGCCACCACACUUGAAUGCCUACUGCUGGGCUGUGAUCCCCGAGUCGGCGGCCGCUGAGGCCCUGGACCUGGUCUGCGAACUCGCUGACACCCCGCCAACUAUGGUCCGGCAGCAGCAACUGGCCGAUCUCGCGAAGCUGUGCCUGUGUGAGGAGCGACAUGCCGGCCAUGUCGAUGCUACGGUCAAGGCUUGGAUGAGGAUUGUAGAUGAGGUGGCACUCAAGUUUCGGGAGGAGCGGCAUGAGGAGGAGUGGCAUGAGGUGGAGGGCCAUGACGUGAAGCGCAGUGACAGCCGCAGUCAGGAUGAGAGAAAGGGGAAAAUCCAGCAUAAGAACGAGGACGAGAAAGGCGAGCAUAAGAUUGAGGACGAGAGCAACGGCAUCGUCAGUAGUGAGACCGCGACCGAAGCUCGAAGUAACAGUAAGAGUGAAAUUGACGGUGAGACCAAGAAGCAAAGCAACAGUGAGGAGGAAGACGAGAAGGAGGGUCAGCAGGGCCAACCCGACAGCGCAACCGAGGCCAAGACUCUAGACCCCAGCUUUUACGUCUUCGUUGAACGACGACGCUGGGAGAUGCUGGAGCACGGAUACACCGUAGCCCACCAGCUGCUCGGCUUCUCCGAGUCAAGCCCGGAAGAGACCGUCAAUGAAGACAGCCCCAGGAGAAGCCCCGAUGACAGCCUUGACAGCAGCAGCGACAGUUUCUGCCACCAGAACAACGGUUGUAACUAUGACAUCUGCUACGACAGCCUCCCGAAGCUCAUACUUCGGUUAAUUUUAACCGCUUCAGACAACGAGACCCUGCUAAGACGAACGAUAGACACCGUCGAAAGGGAGCUCGAGCGGGCGGAGCGCAGGGUCGAAAGCCUCGAGACCUCACUCGAGGAAUCCAACCAACGCGUGGAAGCGCUCCAGGUCGCCCAGACGACCCCGAGAGAACAGUCCCACUUUGCCAAAGUACAGCAGUCGCUGCACGAGGCACACGAGGAGCAAGCCGCUUUGCGCAGCCGUGUGGAGGUCGCAGAGCACAGCAUGAGGGCCACCCACAUGGGACUGACCAAGGCGCAGGCGGAAGUCGACCGCCUGAUGAAGGAGGACGCGAAGACGCGGGAGCAGUUGCAUGAGGCAAACGACCGGGCCAGGGAGGUCUUGGCCUUGAUGGACGCCGAGCGGGACCGUACGAAGGAGUUGGAGAAGAUCCGUUGCGACUUGGGCCAACGAAUCGUGGCCUUGGAAGCCGAGCAAGCCGAUGCCGAGGCCGGGCAGGAGAAUCAAACCGGUGAAUCCUCUCAGAAAUCGGAAUCCCCCAGCCUGGAGCAUCAACUCGCAGACGUCACAACCACCUCAGAGCGCGCCAUCCACGCCAUCGAGCGACGCAACCAGACCCUGCAGAAAAUCCGCACCGAGCUGCAAGACCGCCUCGCAGCCGUACGUGCUGUAGGCGAGCGCCACGAACGCGAGCUGGCCGAGAAAGCCGCCAAUCUUGAGGGGGUCCACCGACGGGACGAGAACCGCAUCGAGCGGCUGCGCCAGUGUGUCGCGCGGUACCAGACCAAGUACCAGAGCAGCGUGGCACAGGAGCAGCAGACUCAAAGUGUGCUGCGAAGCGCCCAGCAGGCAGCCAAUCCGCUGCGAUCUUGCAAUGAGCACCUGCGCAAAGAGAUUGCGAGACUCAAGGGAGAGAUCGAGGCGCUUGAGGAUGAGCAGGCGAGCAAGCCGCGGGGCUGGAGGGGUCGGCUGAAGGCCUGGGUUGGAAGGAAGUCGGAGGCGGUUGGGAGUGCUUCUUCGACUAGCAGUGCUAAGUCUGAGGCUGUCCCGGAGAUGGAUGGACAGCCUCCGGCGUUCAGUGCCCGGCCUUUUCCGAGUCUGUUUUGA